AUGCAUGUUUUGGCAGUGUUUGUGAGCAUUGAUUGCGGAGCAACUGGUUCCUACACAGAUGAAAACUCAAUAAUAUGGACGGGAGACGAUCUGUACAACAUUCAAAAUGGGGAGUCCCAAGUGGUGCAAUCCCCUAACUCCGUGCCUCACGUGAUGAGCAGUCUCAAGGUUUUCUCUAGUCGGAAGAAGAACUGCUACUCUGUGGCUGCAGAUAAAGGAGGUCAAGUCCUCGUCCGCGCCAGCUUCUUUUAUGGAAAUUAUGACAAGAAAUCAACUCCCCCUUCCUUUGAUCUGCAUUUUGAUGGGAACUUUUGGACAACUGUGGAGACUUCAAGUGAUCGUAUUGUUUCAUAUGAGGCAAUAUAUGUGGUGAAGGGUGAUGCAGUGAGUGUCUGUGUUGCUCAAACGAAGCCUAACCAGCUUCCUUUUAUGUCUGCUCUAGAAGUGCGGAGCUUGGCUUCCACCAUGUACAGUCAUGUUGAUGCCAACUAUGCUUUGUUUCUGAGAAGGAGGGUUGCUUUUGGCUCUAACCAGACAGUUAGGUAUUCGGCUGACCCUUACGACCGAAUCUGGGCUCCGUCGGUACCUGCGGCUGGACUGGUCAGUGUCGCCAGCGACUUACCCAGAAUAGACAUAAACGUGGAAGACAAUCCUCCGCAGGCCGUUCUGCAAAAUGCGAUCACCACCACAAGCGCCUCCACCUCCAUCCGUCUGGGCACCAACCUUCCUCCCAUCAAAGUCCCCAUCUACAUGACCUUCUACUUCGCAGAAGUCGCUCAGCUCGACUCCACCCGGAACAGAUCCUUCACCUUCAACAUAGACGACCAGCCCAUCUCCAAACCCAUCAUCCCUUCCUACGGCUCCGUCGCAGAGAAAUACCUCACCAACGUGACUGCCUCGUCCAACACCACCUUCUCCCUGGUGGCCACCGCCGACUCCACGCUUCCGCCCCUCAUCAAUGCCUUGGAAGUUUACACUGUCAGCGACGCGCUCGCCGAUGGAACCAAUCCCAAAGACCUGGAAGGGUUGGCUUCUCUGCAAAAUGUAUUUGAUGUGCUGCAGGGAUGGAGUGGUGACCCCUGCCUUCCGUCGCCUUUCACAUGGGAUUGGGUCAAAUGUAGCACCGCUGCCACGCCGCGAGUGACUGCACUGUAUCUCAGCAGCUUCGGCCUCACCGGUUCUCUUCCACAAUUCAGUUCCAUGGACGCUCUUCAGAUAAUUGAUUUGCACAAUAACAGCUUAAGUGGAGAAAUUCCUGAUUUCUUUGGCACAUUGCCCAAUCUGAAACAAUUGAAUUUGGCAAAUAAUGAUUUCAGUGGAACCAUACCCGCCUCAAUAUCAAACAACAACAAUCUAAAACUAGUGAUAACAGGCAAUCCAAAUCUGUGCAUCUCCGGCCAGUCAUGUCAGACGACAGGCACCAGCACCGGCACUUCUUCUGGAAUUACAGAGACUACCGCCGGAGGCAGAAGAAAGAAGAAGGGUAACAAGCUCCCAGUAAUCCUGGGACCCACAAUUCCAGCGUUCGUUUUAUUCUGGGCUAUUGUGGGAGUUGUUGCAAUCUUAAAACAGAAGAGGAAAACAGCAACAGUGGCAGCGGCAGGUGCUUUCUGGUCUGGUGGUGGUUUAGGACAAAAUGGCGGGGGCAACAGACCCAGCGGCACACCCAACAUGCAGAUGAUAGGUAAAAUAGGUCAAGCUGUGAUGAACGAGCAGAAGGUUGAAAUCAAGGAGGAAAUCAGUAACAAUGAAGAUGAUCAGCAGUUUGAUGGAUAUCCCCAAAAUCCCACGAACGCCGCUUAAUCUCUCUCUCUCUCUCUCUCUCUCUCUCUCUCUCUCUCUCUCUCUGACAAAAAUCAUAUUCAUAAUUCAUUCUUGUUUUUUGUGUAAGUUGCUCUGUUUUUAUUUAAUAAUAAUUCUAGGUGCUCUGUUUCUUUU